CUGGAAUUAAAGGUAUGCUCCACUACUGCCAACCUCAGUUUUUCUUUUCUACUUUUUCUGUUAAUUCUUUUUGCUUCUUAGGAAGUGAUGGAAAGGCUAGUUUCUUACCCUGGUGCAGUGUCUAUAGGUCUGUCCCACUAAGCUUCAGUUUUCUUUUAGGCCUUUUUUUGGACAAUUUCUUUUCACCUUUGGGUUUCCAAGCUUGUGAAGGGAAAUAAUUAGCUAUUUUCUUUGAAAAGCCUUUUACGGGGAUCAACCAGGGUGCAAGGAGAGUACAUUACUCCAGUUACUGAACUGAAACCCAUCUCCACAGCAGAGUGACCAGGUCCAGUUUCUGCUGGGUUGUGAGCUGCCUGUUAAAUAAGUCAGUGGGGUUGCUGAAGACAAAGCAGCAUUCCCUGUCCAACGUUAAAACAUUAUUUUUAUGCAGCUAAUGAGACUAUCGUGGAAAGCCUGUUGGAGUCUCUGUGUCCAGAGUUGUAUUCAUUGCUUGGAAAGAGUGCAAGAUGCAGGCACAUUAAGAGGGACCAUGGAGAGUGCUGAGAGCCAGGAUGGAGUGCUUGGGAAGCUUAGGGCUGUGAGCAUCAGUCACAAAAAUGGUGCUUAAUCAGAGAAGACCUGGAAAAGCUCCCAAGGGGGCAGGUCCCUCCUACCACUUGUCUUGUGCUCUGAAUACCUGAAGUUACCUUGGCUGCUAUAACCCUAGGGUUAGGGCUGGGAGUGGAAUUGGAGACAAAGUAUCUUAUGUCAUGCAAGUGGUGGCAGACUGUCCUAAGGGGAAUGAGGAAUCAUGUCAUCUGGUUGGCCUAUAAUCCCAGCCCAGAUGGGAGUAGGAACACUGGGAUAGGACCAGGAGAGUUCUAGAUUCAGGAUCUUGGAUAUUACAGAGUAAGCAGGAGAUCCGGGGACCCCCCCUCCACAUACACACAUAUUGCUUCAACACCUUGGUAAGAUACAGUGGCAGCUGCUUUGUUUACGUUGGUUAAACGUUACUCCAUCCUCUUUCUAGACAGGUAUCUUUAAAACAAAAAACUCUGAGCUUAGCUGUUAAAGUAUUUGCUCCACAAGCAUGGUGACCUAAGUUUGAUCCCACCGACCUCAUGUAAAAAGACCAGUGUGUCUGUCUCUAUUCCUGGUGCUGGAGAGGCAGAGAUAGGUGGGCCCUGGAGCUUGAGUAGCUGAAUUGGUGAGUUUCAGGUUUAGUGAAAUACCCUGUCUCAAAAAAGAAAUAAAAGGUGUAUAUAUGUGUCAGGGGUUGGUGCAGCGGGUAGUUGAAGGGUUGGCUCAGCAGUUAAGAAUACUUGCUGUUCGUCAUUGUUGUUACUGUUAUUAUUUUGGUUUUUCAAGACAGGGUUUUUCUGUGUAGACCUGGCUGUCCUGGAGCUUGCCCUGUAGACCAGGUUAGCUUUGAACUUAGAUCGCCUGCUUCCUGAGUGCUGGGAGUAGGGACACGUCACCAUGCCCAGUCAAACACCAGCUAUUCUUGCAGAAGACUCAGCACUUCCAUGGAGCCAUGCGGGGUCAGCGCAGUCUGCUCUUGGGCCCAGCCCGCCUCUGCCUUCGUCUCCUUCUGCUCCUGGGUUACAGGCGUCGCUGCCCACCUCUGCUCCGGGGCCUGGUACAGCGCUGGCGUUAUGGAAAGGUUUGCCUGCGCUCCCUGCUCUACAACUCCUUUGGAGGCAGUGACACCGCUAUUGACGCUGCCUUUGAGCCUGUCUACUGGCUGGUGGACAAUGUGAUCCGCUGGUUUGGAGUGGUGUUUGUGGUGCUGGUGAUCGUGCUGACUGGGUCCAUUGUGGCCAUUGCUUAUCUGUGUGUCCUGCCCCUCAUCCUUCGAACCUACUCAGUACCACGACUCUGCUGGCAUUUCUUCUAUAGCCACUGGAAUCUGAUCCUCAUCGUCUUCCAUUACUACCAGGCCAUCACCACUCCUCCUGGAUACCCACCCCAGGGCAGGAAUGACAUUGCUACUGUCUCCAUCUGUAAGAAGUGCAUUUACCCCAAACCAGCCCGAACACACCACUGCAGCAUCUGUAAUAGGUGUGUGCUGAAGAUGGAUCAUCACUGCCCCUGGCUAAACAAUUGUGUGGGCCACUAUAACCAUCGCUACUUCUUCUCUUUCUGCUUUUUCAUGACUCUGGGUUGUGUCUACUGUAGCUAUGGAAGUUGGGACCUUUUCCGAGAGGCUUACGCUGCCAUCGAGAAAAUGAAACAGCUUGACAAGAACAAACUACAGGCAAUUGCCAAUCAGGACCCCUUAUUCUGUGAAUCUGUGGACAUCUUCGACUUGUAUAUAGCACUCCUGUUGCUUUUUCACAACACCCUGUCCCCCGCCGUUAGUCCAUGUGAGACUUACCACCAGACUCCACCACCUACCUUCUCCUUUCGGGAAAGAAUAACUCACAAGAGUCUUGUCUACCUCUGGUUCCUGUGCAGUUCUGUGGCACUGGCUCUGGGUGCCCUAACCAUAUGGCAUGCUGUUCUCAUCAGUCGGGGUGAGACUAGCAUCGAAAGACAUAUCAACAAGAAGGAGAGACGUCGGUUACAGGCCAAGGGCAGAGUAUUUAGGAAUCCUUACAACUACGGCUGCUUGGACAACUGGAAGGUGUUCCUAGGUGUGGACACAGGAAGGCACUGGCUGACCCGGGUGCUGUUACCUUCUAGUCACCUACCCCAUGGGAAUGGAAUGACCUGGGACCCUCCUCCCUGGGUGACUGCUCAUUCAGCCUCUGUGAUGGCUGUGUGAGUCACAACUUGAAUUAUUGUUCGAUGCUUGUUAUGUCUCUUUCAAGAACUUCCAAGGGCAGCUUUUCUUGGAAUCCAUGACCAUAAAGAGCCACUAGACCUGCCUUAGAGUACUACUUAGGGACAACUCAAGAGCAAUCUUCUGGCCAUCUCAAAACAAGAUACAGUUGGGUGGCAGCAGCGCAUGACUUUAAUCCUAGCACCCGGGAGUCAGAGGCAGGUGGAUCUCUGAGUUCCAGGCCAGCCUGGUCUACAGAGCAAGUUCCAGGACAGCCAACGCUACACAGAGAAACCCUGUCUCAAUAAACCAAACCAAAACAAAAAAAAAGUGGAGAAAUCCUACGACUGAUGUCCCUUACUCAGGCAAACAAGUUUUAGCCCCAGACCAGGGGUCAGGCAACUAGCUACCUUAUCCAAUGCUGACUUUGAUGUCCUCUAGGUCACAGCACUGGGGCUAGCACCAUCUCUCACUUUGGGAAAAGAUUCUGUCACGUAUGUUGAAAUUCUGGCUUCUGAAUGGGACAAAGAAAAUAAGCCUAUUGCCAAGGUCACUGCCAUUUCUCACGUGCUGCAGAAGGAGCAAAAAUAAAGGCAUUUGAUUUGUAAAGAUGAA